UGCAGAUGUCGUCCUUCGGUAUCGAAAUUGAACUUCCUAUUGCCGCCGAAGGGUUGGUGAUAUCGAGUUUCGCCUCCUCCCCCCUUUCUAUUUUGCUGGCUGUAUUCUUUCUAUAUAUACUGCUUCUUGAUCCCAAAUUGCCAGCCCAUCACAGAUCAGUCUAAUACCCCUCCUCAUUCUCAACAUAUUCCUCAACACUACUCGCAAUCAAGUCUAUAUC